CUGUGCUUCCUCGCGCUUGCUGAGAAUUCCUGUCUACCUGUCUGGGCAGAGAGAGCCGCUAGGCAGAGGCAGCAGAGGGGAUUAGAGCAGGAGGACGGAGUGCGUGAAAGCAGGAGGGAGGCCGACAGAUUCAGUGGACAGAGCAGUUGUGUGUUUGUGGUUGAGGAUGGAUGCCAUCAUGCUGCAGGAGAAACUGGUGGAGCGACUGCUGUGCCCACGGGUCAGGACUGCCAGGCAGAAGGAGAAACAGUAUGUUGGCUUCGCAACUCUGCCCAACCAGGUGCACCGGAAGUCUGUGAAGAAGGGCUUCGACUUCACACUGAUGGUGGCAGGAGAGUCUGGCAUGGGCAAAUCCACCCUGGUCAACAGCUUGUUCCUCACAGACCUGUACAAAGACAGGAAGUUACUGAACGCAGAGGAGCGGAUCAACCAAACAGUGGAGAUCAUCAAACACACUGUCGACAUCGAGGAGAAGGGCGUGAAACUCAAGCUGACCAUCGUGGACACGCCGGGAUACGGAGACGCCGUCAACAACAACGAGUGCUGGAAGCCCAUCACCGACUACAUAGAUCAGCAGUUUGAGCAGUACUUUAGAGAUGAGAGCGGACUGAACAGAAAGAACAUCCAGGACAAUCGUGUUCACUGCUGCCUCUACUUCAUCCCACCCUUCGGUCACGGGCUGCGGCCAGUGGACGUGGAGUUCAUGAGAGCUCUUCACGAGAAGGUCAACAUCAUUCCACUCAUCGCCAAAGCAGACUGUCUCACUCCCAAUGAGAUCAAGAAGCUGAAAGACCGAAUACGAGAGGAAAUCGACAAGUUUGGGAUCAAAGUUUACCAGUUCCCUGAGUGUGACUCCGACGAGGAUGAAGAGUUUAAACAGCUGGACAAGGAACUGAAGGAGUGCACUCCGUUUGCUGUGAUUGGCAGCAACACUGUCGUGGAAGCUCGGGGUCAGCGGGUCAGAGGGCGACUGUACCCCUGGGGGAUCGUAGAAGUGGAAAACCAGUCCCACUGUGACUUUGUGAAACUGAGGAACAUGCUGAUUCGCUCGCACAUGCACGACCUGAAAGAUGUGACCUGCGACGUCCACUACGAGAACUACAGAGCCCAGUGUAUCCAGGAGAUGACUAGUAAACUGGCUCAGGACAAUCGCAUGGAGAGUCCCAUUCCCAUUCUGCCGCUGUCCACUCCAGACGCAGACACCGAAAAGCUUAUCAAGAAGAAAGAUGAGGAGCUGAAGAGGAUGCAGGAAAUGCUCAACAAGAUGCAGCAGCAGAUGCAUGACAAGGAGCAGUGACAUUCCAACCACCAUCCCUGCUGCCUGUCCUCUGCAGGACAGCGCCUCCUGCUGGAUGGGGACAUCAUGUGUUACGUGGCUGUAAAUGGAUCUUCCGUUUGGUGCUUUGUAUAGUUGGAUGGUUUGUUUUCAUCUCCUCUCAUCCUCUCUCUGCUGUGGUCUACCAGUCUUAACGAAAAUAAUAUAAAUGCCUAAUUUAAACUCCAUCUCUGUGUCUAAUUUAUGAUUCACAUAACUUUUGUUAUGUAUUAAGUCAUGUACUUGUACGAGUGGUUUUGUAUGGCAGUUGCCGGUGAUGAUUAUAAUUUCCUUUUUAUUUGCGUGAAUGAGUGUUUUUCUUUUUUCAUGUAUUGUCCGUCAUCUAUCCGUCCACAAGCUUUGUAUGUUUGUUUUUAUAUUGAUUAUCAGUGUCCACCCUGCGUUUUCUAUCUGCUGUCCGAGCCGGUAAUGCACUUAAAUGUGAACAGGAGGGCAUGUGUGAGCAUGAUGCGCUCAACGCUUUGGGCCUUUUUACUGCUUUAUAUUAACAAUGUGCUGGAAUUAAAAAAAAUGCAUCUUGGCUUUUGUUGCCCCAUGUGAUGAACUGUUCCAGAGCCUCCUGGAAAAAGUGAGCCGUGAACUCUGCCAGUGAAGAUUUGACUGAAGAGAAAGUCAAUUUUCUGUCUGGUUAUGUCCAAUAAACGUUUGUGAUUCUUCAAAG